UGUUUUGCGCAAAUAUUUUAGUCUAAACUCGCAAAAAUCAUGUGAACGUUGACUUUUCAUUCGAAUUAACUCCACACGAGCAUUGUAUAUUAAAGAUAAGAGAUUGAACGCAUAUAAGUUAUAAAUUUUUGUAUAUUUCUUUCUUUUCGGAUAACGCUUAUGUAGAAAUUUGAAUUUUUGUCGAGCAGAAACGACGCACGCCGAAGUACGCUUCGCACGCUUUGUCAUAACCUCAAAAACUUUACAACCACCUGCCGCAUCACUCCUCUGAAAAAUUAUUCAAAACUCACUAAUAUUACAAUCAAUCUUUAGAUGAAUCAGCGUGAAACUUUCACUGCUGCUUCUCACAGCACCAAGAUUCGCAACAUCUGCAUUCUCGCGCAUGUCGACCAUGGCAAAACCACCAUUGCUGAUUCUCUCAUCGCCAUUAACGGCCACAUAUCAAAACGCAGCGCCGGAAACACCCGCUACCUGGACGACCGCCGCGAUGAACAAGAACGCGGCAUCACGAUGAAGUCAAGCGCCAUUAGUCUCGUUCACGACAAAACCGUAAUAAACCUAAUUGACACCCCCGGUCACAUCGACUUUUCCACCGAGGUAUCGGCCGCCAUUCGCAUUUGCGACGGUGCUUUGAUCGUAGUCGAUGUGAUCGAAGGUGUCUGCGUACAAACUCGCGAAGCGCUCAAACAAGCGUUCGAAGAACGCAUCAAAACUAUCUUAGUCAUAAACAAACUAGACCGUAUCAUUGUCGAACAACAGAAAGAAGUUGACAUUAUCUUUCAACACAUUCAGCGUAUUAUAGAAAACUGCAAUGCGUACGUUGCAGAACUUUGUCAGUAUGACUUACAAUGCACUGUUGAAGAAGAAGAGUAUUUAUUUUCACCAGAGCGUGGGAAUGUUAUUUUUGCAAGCGCGUAUGACGGCUGGGGUGUUACAACGUUACAAAUCGCUGAGAUGUUUGCGGAAACUUUCUCAGAAACACCCGAAUCAUUAAAUAGUAAAUUAUGGGACUUUGAUUAUUACAUUCAGAAGGGUAAAAUAGUCCCUGGGGCGCUUAGUAAAAAGAAACCAACGUUAUUUGAGACAUUAUUCUUAAACACAAUACAUUACGUUUAUUUUACGUUAAGAAUUCGGUUAGACCGCUCUAAAUACCCAAUGAUUAUCGAAAAAUUCAAGAUACAGAAGGAAACUUUUGAUAUGAAGCAUACAGAUGCUAAAAUCCAAGUUAAAGCGAUUUUACAGGCUUGGAAACCGUUGGCAGAGACGAUUUUAACUCAGGUUAAGUCAAAUAUACCACCACCUUCGGCUAUAAGUCCACAGAGAUAUGAAUAUUUAGUCAAUAAAACACAGUAUUUUGAUAAUAAUGAGCUAAGUAAAAUAGCAGAUGAAACAAUUGAUAUUCUAGCGUCAAAAGCGCCUGAAAAUAAAAUGGCGACCAUUGUUUAUGUGAGUAAAAUGUUUGCUGUAACUAAAAAACAGCUGCAGCAACAGAAAGCUGUGAAUAUUGUAGUUGGUCGCAAGAAAACUGAAGUAGAAGAAGAAAAACCCGUAGAACCUGUUGUAAAUAUCAAUGAUGAGACUUCUUCAUCAUCAGAAGAUGAAGAUUACGAUCCAAAUUUAGACCAUUCUCGAGAUUUCGGUGUUCUGGCGUUAUCCCGCGUAUUUUCUGGAGUUUUAACUAAAGGUACCGAUAUUUUUAUUCAAUCCCCUCACUACAUUCCACCUAAUAAGGAUGUAGAUGUCGAUGAAUUCCUAAAAUCAUCAUCUAGCAUCGUAAAAGUAAAAAUCAAACAAUUGUAUAUUUUAUUGGGGCGUGAAUUAGUCGCGGUGGAUAGUGUAUCAGCCGGUAACAUUUGUGGUAUACGUGGUUUAGAGAAACACAUCGGUCGCACUGGUACACUAUCUUCUUCUUUAUUCACUUUACCGUUGACUGAGCGAAUAUCACUCGAGCCUAUUGUACGCAAUUCAAUUGAAUGUCACAAUCCGAAAGAUUUACCUUUAUUGCGCAAAGGAUUGAAAUUCUUAAAGAAAAUCGAUUCGUGCGUGCAGGUUGCGGUGCAAGACACCGGCGAAUUGGUUUUAUUGACCGCUGGAGAUGUGCAUCUUGCAAAGUGCAUCGAAGAUAUACAAACAAUGAUUGCACAAAUCGAUUUGAACGUCUCCAAACCGAUGGUGGCAAUAAAAGAAACAGUUGUUUGCGGGAAACGAAUAGAUUUAACUAAAACUGUUGAAUUGACGCUGAAAGAUAUUGGUUUAACGUUAAGUUUGAUAGCUGUACCACUACCAGAUCAUCUAGUCAAUGUCCUAACUGCAAAUUAUGAUAUUCUGAAGCUCAUUGAAAAGUUUGAGCAUAAAUCCGGUAUUGAUAUUAUGUAUCAGUUUGAUACUGAUGCCAAAAACAAAUUGGAAAGCCAUUUGAAAGUAUACAGUAAUGAAUUGUUAAUGAAUAAGGUUAAAGAUAACCUGAAAAUGGCUUUCAAGGAUAGUAAAGGAUUAUGGAUGGGUGUAGAAGAGAAUAUAUGGGCGUUAUCGAAAAAGAGAGACUUUUGCAAUGUUUUGAUCAACAAAAGCGGCUACAAACGCAGUAUUUGGCGGACAUUAGAUGAAAAUGAUGUCCGCGCAUGCCUGGAUCAUUGCAUUGUCAACGGAUUUGACAUGUGUUGCAAAUCAGGCCCGAUUUGUGAAGAACCACUGACGAAUUGCGCUUUUAUCGUCACCGAUUACAAAUUAGAGAAUUACGAAGCAUUGCGUGGCAUGGAAAACAUGAAGGUGCAGAUGGUGGGGAAUAUUCCUGGUGCUGUGAGGGAUCUCAUGCGGGAAUCCGUGGAGAAACAGUCCCCCCGGUUGAUGGAACCCAUCUUCACCACCGACAUCCAGGUUAACACACGAAUUCUCGGGAAAGUUUAUUCGGUCGUGAAUCGGCGUCAUGGUAAAGUGCUGGACGCCGUGGGCAUGGACGACGCGGAGAAGACCUUCCUCGUCAAGGCGCAGAUUCCUGUCGCUGAAAGUCACGGUUUUGCCAAUGAAAUUCGCAAAACAACCAGUGGACAAGCAAAUCCCAACUUGCGAUUUAGUCAUUUUGAAAUAAUUGAUGGCGAUCCUUUCUACAACUUCGAAGAAGUCGAGGAUGAUGAUGAAGAAGAAGAUUCGAAUGCAGAUGCAUCAAAACGCGCUGCUUCACUACGAAAAGAGAUUAGAAAACGAAAAGGGUUAAAAAUUGAUGAUCAGGUGGUGGUGCACGCCGAAAAACAACGUACAUUAAAAAAAUAGCAGCAGAUAGGUGCGAAUUUAAUAAAUUGUUUUUAAAUUUA